GGGAAGGGCCUGGGUCUCAGUGUAACCAAUGGUGUAGAAUGAGGAAGAGAAAUCUCUCAUUUUUCUGAUCACCACACAGGGAAAGGAUCUCGGUCAGUUGCUCUUCAUGGCAGCCAGGAAACCUGUGGAAAUCCUCUGGGAGGAAGCCUGCUGCUCCAUCUGCCUGGGGAUAUUCCAGGACCCCGUGUCCAUCCACUGUGGGCACAGCUUUUGCCGCUCAUGCAUCACUGAGACUUGGGAAGGACUGACCACCAACUUCUCCUGCCCCCAGUGCAGGGAGACGGGGGAACAGAUGAGCCUCCGCCCCAACAGGGAGUUGGCCAACAUGAUUGAAGUCGCCAAGAGCUUGAACGUGAAACCGGUCAGAGAGGUGGAAGGAGGGGAGAACUUCUGUGAGGAGCACCAGGAACCCCUGAAGCUCUUCUGCCAAGAUGACAAAAGGCUUAUCUGCGUGGUGUGUGACAGGUCCAAGGUGCACCGUAAUCAUUCUGUGGUUCCCAUGCAUGAAGCUGCCCAAGAGUACAAGAAACAAAUUCAGAUACAACUGCACCUUCUGAAAUCAGAGCAAGAGGCGCUUCAAUCUUCUGUGAAGGACACACAAGACAGACUCAAGGACCACACUGAGAGGACAGAAGCUGCAAAGCAGGAGAUUGUGAAGACAUAUAGGAAAUUGCAUGAGAUCCUGGACAAGGAGGAGUCCUCUCUUCUGGCCCAGCUGGAGCAGCUGGACACAGAGAUAACAAAAGUCCAUGAAGAAAUCCUGCAGAAGUUUUUGGAGGAGACAACGAGGCUGGGCACACUGAUUGGGGAGAUGGAGAGGACGUACCAGCAGCCAGACUGGAAGCUCCUGAAGGACAUUGGAACCACCUGGAGCAGGGCCCAGAGGGAAACGCUCUCCCACUCACUCCAGAUUUCCCCAGAUCUGGAAAAGAAAUUCUCGGAUUUCACCAAUAAGAACCCAGACAUCAAGGAACUUCUGGAGAAAUUCCAAGAUUUCCUGGAGUUCGAGCUUCCAUUGACAACACAGAUGACGCUGGACCCAGAGACGGCCAACGCCAGGCUUUAUCUCUCGGAAGACCGCAAGCUCGUGCGGUGGGAACGCCCUGAGCAGGACCUGCCCUCCAACCCGAGGAGGUUCACUGUCCAUUCAUGUGUGCUGGGCUCGAGGUACUUCACAUUUGGGUGCCACCAAUGGGAUGUGGAGAUCCACAGAGAUGACGUGUGGGCCAUUGGGGUGGCCAAGGAGUCAGUUCCAAGGGACCGUUGGUUGCACCUGAAGCCUGAUGAGGGGGUAUGGGCUCUGUGUCAUAACCGAAAUGGGUACAAGGCUCUGACCUCUCUUGAUGACACCCCCUUGACUCUACGCCGUGUCCCCAAGCGGAUACGAAUCUGCUUGGACUAUGAGGAAGGGAGGGUGGUAUUUUUUGAUGCCGAGAGCAAAGAACGGAUCUUUGCUUUUCCACCGGCGUCUUUCCAAGGGGAGAGAGUCUUCCCGUGGUUCAUGGUGAUUUUGGAGGCUGAACUCAAACUUCUUCCCUAAGGCACAUGACAAAAAAAUCCCACCAACUUACACUUGGGAAAGAAAGCAGGGGGUGGGUUUUGUCCCAAUCCCACCAAAGGGACCGGAAAGGGGAGCGGUGUUCAGGUUCCUUUCUUUUAGUGAAAAAUGGGAGCAUUUCUGUGCCUUAAACUGUAUUUUGAUCUUUUAAGCAAUAAAUGGUUAUUCCUGGGUUACUGAAAAAUGGCACUG